GUCCCGGAAGCCUCCGUUCGUGUUCCCCCGUCGCCUUUUCCUUCCCGCCCCCGCUGCUCCCUCCGGAGCGAGAUCGAGGCCGGCUGCCGACUGUCCUUCCCCAAGAUGGCGGCAGGGCCGGGUCGGCGGCGGCGGCUGUUACAACUGCUCAUGCAGUUCGGCUCGAUGCUGCUCACGCGGUGUCCGUUUUGGGGUUGCUUCAGCCAGCUCAUGCUGUACGCCGAGCGGGCCGACGCGCGCCGGAAGCCGGACAUCCCAGUUCCCUACCUGUACUUUGACAUGGGGGCUGCUGUCCUCUGUGCCAGCUUCAUGUCAUUUGGAGUGAAGCGCCGUUGGUUUGCUCUGGGAGCUGCCCUUCAGCUGGCUGUCAGCACCUAUGCGGCAUAUGUAGGGGGCUAUGUCCACUAUGGAGAUUGGCUUAAGGUCCGAAUGUACUCUCGAACUAUUGCCAUCAUUGGUGGUUUUCUGGUGUUGGCUAGUGGGGCAGGCGAAAUUUAUCGCCAGAAACCACGGAGUCGCUCUCUGCAAUCCACAGGCCAGGUGUUCUUGGGAAUCUACCUCAUCUGUGUGGCCUACUCCCUACAGCACAGCAAAGAAGACCGUUUGGCAUAUCUGAACCAUAUCCCUGGAGGGGAGCUUACACUCCAGCUGCUCUUCAUCCUUUAUGGUGUCCUGGCGCUGGCCUUCCUUUCUGGCUACUAUGUGGCCCUGGCUGCUCAGAUCCUGGCUGUGCUGCUACCCCUCAUCAUCCUCCUCAUUGAUGGAAACAUCAUCUAUUGGCACCACACUCGUCGAGUUGAAUUUUGGAAUCAGAUGAAGCUCAUUGGCGAGAAUGUGGGCAUCUUUGGGGCUGCAGUGAUCCUGGCCACAGAUGGCUGAAUGGCACCCAUUGGGGAUGGGGUGAGAGGGGCAGAUUUUUUUGGGGGGUGGUAUAGGGAAUUUUCUUCCACAGGCUGUUUAUUUAUUUUAAAAAAAUCCAAAACAACCAAAAAACUUCCUUUUGUCAUGAUUGUCACAAAAAGGAUCUUUACCUUGUUCCCCUAGGAAAUGCAAUUCAAGGGAAAGAGAAGCCCUUGCAGCUGGGUUAGGGUGGGGUAAUGAAUUCCCCAGGGCUCCUCUAACCCAGGAAGGGAAUAUCUCAGGAGAGGAACUUCCAGGAAGAUCAGAGGAGGCUUGUGGUAGGGGUUAGGGUGGAUAGAGGAAGGGAGAGGCUGUAUAGACAGAGACAGAUCAGGAGAGAAGCAGAAACGUGGAGAAAAACAAGGACAAGAUAUGUGUAUUUCUUUUUGUACAGUGUCCAGUACACUAAACUCUUGAUGAAAACAUUUCGAGAGUAUGUACACGUGCAUGUGUGUGUGUAUGUAUGUAUGUGUCCCUAUCCAUGUAUCUGUCCAGUAUCAUGGACCAGACUCAAGUAGCCAAAGAGACUCAGCUCAAGUUUCAAGUGUUCUCUGGUUUUCUGGAGAACAGGAGCAAUGCCUGUCAGUCCUCUUCACCAAUGUGUUUCAUGUUCCUCCUUGGCUGGUUCCCAGGCUUAGGUGAUUUAGUACAGAGUUGUUCUCCAGCCUAUUAUAUCUACCUUUUUUUGAAGCCUUCUUCAGGCUCUGCCACAUCUUUGCCCCCAUUUGUGGGGUAAGCUUCCUGUGAACAAGAGCACCUCUCUUCCUGACCUUUUCCUUGCCCCACAUUUAGUACACUCUGC